AUGCGGUCCUCUUUGUCCAGGCAGACUUUCUCCACUAAAGGAGGGUUCAGCUCUAACUCAGCCAGCGGAGGUGGUGGGAGUCGGACGCGAACCAGCUACAGCUCAGUGACUAUGUCCAGGAGCAGCGGUGGUGGUGGGGCCCGCUCUGGGGCCAGUUCCGGGGGCUUUGGCAGCCGGAGCCUCUACAACUUAGGAGGCAGGAAUAUCUCCGUCAGCGUGGCUGGUGGGGCCUCCUGUGGCCGGGCCCUAGGAGGCUUUGGCAGUGGAGCUUAUGUGGGCCUAGGGGCUGGCAGGCAGACAUUUGGGCCAGUCUGUCCUCCCGGGGGGAUUCAGGAAGUCACUGUCAACCAGAGCCUGCUGACACCUCUCAAUGUGGAGAUCGACCCAGAGAUCCAUCGGGUGCGCACCCAGGAGCACGAGCAGAUCAAGACCCUCAACAACAAGUUUGCCUCCUUUAUUGAUAAGGUGCGCUUCCUGGAACAACAGAACAAGGUGCUGGAGACCAAGUGGGCACUGCUGCAGGAGCAGAGCCAGAACACAGGGGUCGCCAGGAGCCUGGAGCCUUUCUUUGAGAAUUACUUGAGCACCCUGAGAAGGCAGCUGGAUGCCAAGCAGAGCGAGCGGGGGCGGCUGGAUAUGGAGCUGAGGAACGUGCAGGAUAACCUGGAGGACUUCAAGAACAAGUACGAGGAUGAAAUCAACAAACGUACUGCCUUGGAGAAUGAGUUUGUGUUGCUCAAGAAGGAUGUAGAUGCCGCAUACAUGGGCAGAAUGGAUCUGCAUGGCAAAGCAGACACCUUGACACAAGAGAUUGACUUCCUGCAACAGCUCUACGAGAUGGAGCUGAGCCAAGUGCAGACCAAUGUGUCUGACACCAACGUGAUCCUCUCCAUGGACAACAACCGCAGACUGGACCUGGACAGCAUCAUCGCUGAGGUCAAAGCCCAGUAUGAACUGAUUGCCCAGAAGAGCCGGGCUGAGGCUGAGUCCUGGUACCAGAGCAAGUAUGAAGAGCUGCAAGUGACAGCUGGGAAGCACGGGGACAGCCUGAGAGACACUAAAAACGAGAUCGCAGAACUCACUCGCACCAUUCAGAGACUGCGGGGCGAGGUGGAUGCAGCCAAGAAGCAGUGCCAGCAGCUGCAGACAGCCAUCGCAGAAGCAGAGCAGAAUGGGGAGAUGGCGCUCAAGGAUGCUAAGAAGAAGCUUGGAGAUCUAGACACAGCCCUGCACCAGGCCAAGGAGGACCUGGCCCGGAUGCUGCGUGAAUACCAGGAACUCGUGAGCGUCAAGCUGGCCUUGGACAUGGAGAUCGCCACCUACCGCAAGCUGCUGGAGAGCGAGGAGAGCCGGAUGUCUGGAGAUUGUCCCAGCGCAAUCAGCAUCUCUGUGACCGGCAACUCUACCUCCGUGUGUGCGGGAGGCGCGACUGGCUUCGGGAGCGGCGUCUCUCUGGGCGGGGCUGGCGGGGCCAGCAAGGGCAGCAUCGGUGCUAGUGUGAGCUAUGGCGCUGCCAAAGGCGGUCAGGUCUCUGGAGGAACCUCCAUCCUACGGAAGACCACCACAGUCAAGACCUCUAGCCGGAGAUACUAGCAGCAAGGCUUUUCAAGUUGGGCCUUGGUCCUCGCACUGGCCAUGGCUUCUCAGGACCAC